CAUUUAGCUAGAUAGAGAAGAAAGGAAGAUAGUGAAAGAGAGAGUCAACCCAGAAAUAAAAACUGACGUGAAAAAUAUUCUGAUUAGCUGAGUGAGUGGUGUGAACUGUGAUCAAAUCAAAUCAAAAUCAAAACCACUGAUUUCCAUGCACACGCUUCUUUAUAAUCACACCAACAGCCCCUCAAUCCCACGAGCUACUUGUUUCUCUUUCUCUCUCACACUCUCCAUCUCUCUCUGCAACUUACUUGUCUAUUUUUUAGGACUCGUUAUGAGAAAAAAACUGAAUUUGAAUAAGUGGGGUUUAGUUAAAUAAAGAGCUAAACUAGCGUAAUAUAAACUUGGCCAAUCUUUUUUUGUUUUUCAUAUAUUUUUGGGGAGUUUUUAUUAGAUGCUCUCGUCUUUUACUCUUGUUUGUAUGUGAAGGUUUGGAUAUUUUUUAGAAAAUUAUUUUCUUUUAUUGAGCUAUAGGAUCAAAUUUGUUUUUGUGUUGGGCGAAUGAAAAUAUUACUGGUAAAAGGACACAUAAUAAAGAUAAAGAAGAGGUGAAAAGCAGAGGGCUUUAACAAAAAUACAAAAAACCUUCUUGUUUCUGGUGCCCUUGUUGCUGUGCACUCCGUGCUGAUGCAUUUGCACGUCUGGUCUCUUGAUCAUGACUUAUGAGACUCUCUUUGCAUGUCGGUUCUCUGUCUGAGUGAUUCUUCUUGAAAAAUUUUGGGAAGAAAGUGCGAGAAAGUCGGGGAAAAAGUAAAGCUUUCUCAGUUUUAUUUUCUUUCUUAGUUUAAUUUUGCUCGGUACUUAGAAAUGGAAGUCAGUGAAAUAUAAUAUGGUUGAUCUUCUUUUGACUGUACUUCCCAGUCCCACCCAUUUGUAUCUGAUUCUCUAAAACAAUAACUCAAUAAGCCUUAUUAAAUUUCUCAACUUUCUAAUAUAUUAUAUAGUGUGAUUCUCUCAAAGGUGGUUUUGUUGUGAAUUACAAGAAUCAAAUCCAUGGCUAUUUCUUGUUAACAACAGUGGGGUUGUAAAGUAUUUCAGUGUUAAUGGCAGACAAUGGCUCUCUUCCCUCGCCCACCACCAUCACAGAUAAGAAUAGAAAACCCACUUCAUUUCCAAGAUUGUUCACUGGUUUAACCAAGAGUUUUUCUGAAACUGAGGCUCAUGUGAUGAGCCCAACUUCAAUUCUUGAUAUUAGCAAACCAUUCUCUGUUCUCAAGAACCCCUUUUGGUCUGAACCCAAUCCACACACACCGAGAACCCCGGAACCUGAAGCUAGGCACAAAUUGGACUCGAAAGGGAUUGGUCUUGGCAUUGUUGAUGUUCUCGAAGAUGUUAAAUCAGAUUCCAAAGAAUCAAAACCUGAGAGCCGAAUGGUUCUUUUCGGGUCACAGCUAAAGAUCCAAAUCCCUCCUCUUGUUCCCUCUCCUCAAGAUUCACCUAUGUCUCCAGCUGAGUUUGGUAUCAAAACUAGAAACUCUCAAUUGGGUUCUAUUUCCUCUGUGUUAUCUCCCACUCCGGCUAAAAAAUCAACUUUUGGCUCGGUGAAUUCGGGUCUGGAGACUCCAAAUUCUCCUCAGGUUUUCACGGGUUGUCUCUCUGCUAUUGAGAUGGAGCUUUCUGAGGACUACACUUGUGUCAUUUCUCACGGGCCAAAUCCGAGAACUACUCAUAUUUUUGACAAUUGCAUUGUUGAAAGUUGCUGUGGUGUUGUUGGGUUAUCUCCUCUGAGAAAAGAAAAUAACGGGAUCACUGCUUUUGAUCAAAUAAGCUACCCAUCUGAAAGUUUUCUCAGCUUUUGUUACACUUGCAAGAAGAAUCUUGGCCAGGGAAAAGACAUUUACAUGUACAGAGGAGAGAAAGCUUUUUGCAGCAGUGAAUGCCGUUUCCAGGAGAUAAUGUGGGAGGAAGAAGGAGAUCAAUUGGACCCAGUUGAUGAUGGCUAUGGCAAUUGCUCAUGAUAGUUAACAAUUUUCUCGAUUUCCAUCAGCACUCUUCUUUGCUUUAAGAUGUCAUAUAAAGUAUGGACCAUUGCAGAAAAGUACCAGCUUCUUAACAAGGGUAGUAAAACUCGAGUCAUAAAUUUCCUGCAUCAAUCUAAGGCAGAAAAUAUUGGAUAAAGAUGGUUCGUAGAUACUGAUUCUGGAUGUGUUAAUUUUCCUCCCUUGUUUUGUUACUAUUCUAUUUUGGGUUCCAGUUUUUCAUAAUCUCCUUGUAGAGGCAGAGGAUACUGAAGUUCUGCUAAAAUAUUGUAGAGUUGAUGAUUUUCUUCAAGGGAGUUGGGUUUCAUCCACAGUUUUUGUCUCGUAAAGAUGUUGUAUGAGUGAAGUUUACAUUUUACCUUUACCUUAUUCUUUUUUAAUAUAUUCCAAUCAAGUUAUAAUAAAGCAAAUAACA